GGGGCGUGGCCGGGGGAGGGGCGCGGGCGGUAGUUCCGGCGCUCGGGUCCGGCGGCAACCAGGCCGGGCUCGGCCCCGUAGGCUACUCUCCGACGGGCGGCAUGGCUGCAACCUCGGCGCCGGGCAGCCGGGGACGGAGCGGGGCCCCGCCGCCCAGCGCCGGGCACCCUCCCAGCAAGCGGGCCCGGGGCUUUCCCGCGGCCGCCGCCCCGGCCCCCGAGGACCCGUUCGGCGCUCACGAGGACUUCACCGCCGACGACCUGGAGGAGCUGGACACCCUCGCGUCACAGGCCCUGAGCCAGUGCCCGGCCGCCGCCCGGGACGCGUUCAAUAUUCAUAAGGUCCCCAGAUUAGAUGGGAUGUCAAAAACUCCUGCAGCGGGAAACAGAGAAAAUGUUCCAGUUAAAGAUAAUUUUGAACUAGAGGUACUUCGGGCACAAUACAAAGAACUUAAAGAAAAGAUGAAGACAAUGGAAGAAGACAUCCUCAUUAAAAAUGGAGAAAUUAAAAUUUUGCGAGACUCACUGCAUCAAACAGAAUUCAUCCUGGAGGAGCAGAGAAGGUCACAUUUCCUUCUUGAGCAGGAGAAAACUCAAGCACUCAGUGAUAAAGAAAAGGAAUUCUCCAAAAAGCUUGAGAUUCCGAAGCCCAGAGAUGUUUCUGUGUCUGUGGCAGGCACACUACAGGUGUGUUGUUUCUGCUUCCAGCUCCAGUCACUGCAGUCUGAACUUCACUUUAAAGAUGCAGAAAUGAAUGAGUUGAGGACAAAGCUUCAAAGCAGUGAGCGAGCAAAUAAGCCGGCUGCCCCCUCCAUUUCCCGUGCCAGUCCUAGGAAAAGCCCUUCUGUGAUCAUGAAGCCAGAAGCAUGUUCUCCACAGUUUGAAAAGCCAUCUUUUCCUACAAAGGAGUCCUUCAGUGCUAACAUGCCCCUAGCCCACCCCUGCCAGACAGAGCCAGGAUACAAGGCCCUGGUGGGCAGGGAGGAGACUAAGAUCCCCAGUCUGGGGGGUGACCCCAUAAAGCAAGAAGAGCCCCAGAAAAGUCUUGUGGACACAUGGACGCAGAGCUCAGAUGCUGCAGGUUCCACUCUGAUAAGCCUUCUCCUGAAGCAGCCUCUGACCCCAGGGUCACCCCUUGGGCUGUGCCACCUUCUGAGCAGUUGUCCUGAGGCGCCAACUGGCACUCUGUUACAGCCCCUAGGGUUUGGCAGUUCCUUGACUGGAAUUUCAAGCCUGCGGGCCACGGGUUCCCGCGAUGUGCUGUUUCCCCCCUUGGCCCUGAAGGAAGCACGGAGCCUGGCACUUACUGGACUCAAUCUGGUUGCCAGGGAUGAAGGCUCAUGUGACAGGGACGCAGGCGAGGAAGGCAGAAGGCCCUUCCCACUUUUCCGGCUUCCUGGCGCUGUGCAUCUCCUUCCCCUGCUGGAGCUCUUCAUCGGCUCACUCUGCCAGGCUCUGCAGGACUGGGCGGCAGCCAAGAGAAGCGGGGCUCCCGGGGACCCCCCGGCAAACUCCCCCUGCAUGAGCACCAGGGCAGAGGCCAGCCCCGAGGACGCCCUCCGCACGCUGGAGGGCUUCUCUGCGGCUUCACUCGGCGUGCUCCAGCACCUGGUGUGCCACAGUGGGGCAGUCGUCCAGCUGCUGCUGUCAGGGGCGGGGCCUGAGUCCGCGGCCAGGGAAGGAAGCCGGAGCCUGGGUCGCAGCCGGGAUCGUGGGCAGGAGCCCUCAGCCCCAUGGGCGCUUGGUGACCAAGGCCAGCAUCCACUACUGAAGAUGCUGCUUCGCCUGGUGGCUUUUUCUUCUACAGCAACAGGUCACCUUCAAGCCAGUGUCCUCAGCCAGUGCCUUGAGGUUUUGGUGAAAUUAGCUGAAAAUGCUCCCUUUGAUUUCUUGCCCAGAGGGCACGCCAAAGCCACACCUGCUGGAAGGCGGUCAGCGCCACAGAAGAGCUCCCUGCCCCUCGUCAGACAAAGGCUGGACCCAGAGGCCUUUGGACCUGGGACGUGCAUCAGGUUGCAGGGCUUGUUCCGCAUACUGCCGCAGUGCCUCCGCCCAGAGACAGCCCUGCCCAGCGUGCUGGGUGCCGUCCAGCUCCUCUCCCUCCUGGGGGACCACCAGGGGCUCGCGCCGCAGCUCUGCUCCCACUCAGGGGGCUGCCCCCUCCUGCUGCUUUACACGUACAUCACCUCAAGGCCCAGCAGAGCAGCCUCAGAGAUGCAGUGGCUCCAACUGGAACAAGAGGUCGUGUGGCUCUUGGCCAAGCUGGGUGUGCAGAGCCCCUCCUUCGUCACUGGCUCCGGCUGCCAGUGCAACGUGGAGGUGGUCAGAGCGCUCACGGUGAUGCUGCACAGACAGUGGCUGAUGGUACGGAGGGCAGGCAGGCCGAGGACGGGCCUGCAGAGGCGGGUGGUGCGGUGUCUGCGGGACACGGCCCUGCUUCUGCACAGCCUGUCUCGGGACAAGCUCUUCACCGUGCACGGCGUGGAGGUCCUGCACCAGUAUGACCAGGUGAUGCCGGGGGUCAGCAUGCUGAUUCGAGGGCUCCCUGACGUGACGGACUGUGAAGAGGCAGCCCUGGAUGACCUCUGUGCUGCUGAGGCCGAUGUGGACGACCCCGAGAUGGACUGUGGCUGAGGCCAGGACUGGCCCGCGCGGCACCAGCUCCAGGACUCUCCUCACCCCAUCAGCUGAUUAAAAGCAGCCAGCAGUG